GUCUCCUCGUGGGCACCCUGGACGUGGUGCUGGACUCCAGUGCCCGUGUGGCCCCAUACCGCAUCCUGCACCAGACUCAGGACUCACAGGUCUACUGGACGGUGGCGUGCGGCUCUUCCCGCAGAGAGAUCACGGAGCACUGGGAGUGGCUGGAGAACAACUUGCUGCAGACACUUUCGGUCUUCGACAGCGAGGAGGACGUCACCACCUUCGUCAAGGGCAAGAUACACGGUGUUAUUGCAGAAGAGAACAAGAACCUGCAGCCCCAGGGAGAUGAGGACCCUGGGAAGUUCAAGGAGGCAGAGCUGAAGAUGCGGAAGCAGUUCGGGAUGCCCGAGGGCGAGAAGCUGGUCAACUACUAUUCCUGCAGCUUCUGGAAGGGCCGCGUGCCCCGGCAGGGCUGGCUCUACUUGACCGUCCACCACCUGUGCUUCUACUCCUUCCUGCUGGGGAAAGAAGUGAGCCUGGUGGUGCAGUGGGUGGAUGUCACGCGGCUGGAGAAGAAUGCCACCCUGCUCUUCCCCGAGAGCAUCCGCGUGGACACCCGAGACCAGGAGCUCUUCUUCUCCAUGUUCCUCAACAUCGGCGAGACCUUCAAGCUCAUGGAGCAGCUGGCCAACCUGGCCAUGCGGCAGCUGCUGGACAACGAGAGCUUCCUGGAGGACAAACCCCUGCCCAGACCCAACCGGCCGCACAAGAACAUCUCGGCUCUGAAGCGAGACCUGGACGCCCGAGCCAAGAAUGAGUGCUACCGUGCCACCUUCCGGCUGCCCCGGGACGAGCGGCUGGACGGCCACACGAGCUGCACCCUGUGGACGCCUUUCAACAAGCUGCACAUCGCGGGCCACAUGUUCAUCUCCAACAACUACGUCUGCUUUGCCAGCAGGGAGGAGGACGCCUGCCACCUCAUCAUCCCCCUGAGGGAGGUGACCAUCGUGGAGAAAGCCGACAGCUCCAGCGUCCUGCCCAGCCCCCUGUCCAUCAGCACGAAGAGCAAAAUGACCUUCCUGUUUGCCAACCUGAAGGACCGCGAUUUCCUGGUUCAGAGGAUCUCUGACUUCCUCCAGAGAACGCCGUCCAGACAGCCGGGCGGCCACAGCUGGGGCAGCAGAGCCGGCCUUGUGGCCCCAGCCCCAGAGGCCUCCCCGACCCCUCAGGAGCUGUCGGAGCAGCCCGGCAGCCCGGCCUCCCCGCUCAGCAGCUGCCCAAGCCUCUGUGCACAGGAACCACCCACCGCCUCCCAGGGCCUGCUCAAACUCUUCCAGACCAACUCGCCCAUGGAGGACCUUGGCGCCAAGGGGGCCAAGGAGAAGAUGAAGGAGGAGUCGUGGAACAUCCACUUCUUCGAGUACGGCCGCGGAGUGUGCAUGUACCGGACGGCCAAGACCCGGGAGCUGGUGCUCAAGGGCAUCCCCGAGGGCCUCCGGGGGGAGCUGUGGCUCCUCUUCUCCGGGGCCUGGAAUGAGAUGGUGACUCACCCCGGCUACUAUGCGGAGCUGGUGCGGAAGUCCGUGGGGAAGUACAGCCUGGCCACAGAGGAGAUUGAGCGGGACCUCCACCGCUCCAUGCCGGAGCACCCUGCCUUCCAGAACGAGCUCGGGAUCGCCGCACUCCGCCGCGUACUGACCGCCUAUGCCUUCCGGAAUCCCAGCAUCGGCUACUGCCAGGCCAUGAACAUAGUGACCUCGGUGCUCCUGCUCUACGGCAGCGAGGAGGAGGCCUUCUGGCUCCUGGUGGCGCUCUGCGAACGCAUGCUGCCCGACUACUACAACUCCAGGGUGCUGGGGGCCCUGGUGGACCAGGGCAUCUUUGAAGAGCUGGCGAGGGACUUCCUGCCCCAGCUGGCGGGGCAGAUGCAGGACCUGGGGGUCAUCUCCAGCAUCUCGCUGCCCUGGUUCCUGACCCUCUUCCUCAGCGUCAUGCCCUUCGAGAGCGCCGUGGUCAUCGUCGACUGCUUCUUCUACGAGGGCAUCAAGGUCAUCCUGCAGGUGGCCUUGGCCGUCCUGGAUGCCAACUCAGACCAGCUGCUGCACUGCAGUGACGAAGGCGAGGCCAUGACCGUCCUGGGCAGGUACCUGGACAAUGUGAUCAACAAGCAGAGUGUCUCACCCCCGAUCCCCCACCUGCAUGCGUUGCUAACCAGCGGGGAUGACCCUCCUGCAGAGGUGGACGUCUUCGACCUCCUGAAAGCGUCCUAUGAGAAAUUCGGCAGCCUGAGGGCCAGUGACAUUGAGCAGAUGCGGUUUAAACAGAGGCUAAGAGUGACCCAGUCCUUGGAGGACACUGCCAAGAGGAGUGUGGUCCGAGCUAUACCUGGGGACGUUGGCUUCUCCCUUGACGAGCUGCAGGAUCUCUACGUGGUGUUUAAGGCCAAACACCUGGAGAGUCAGUACUGGGGCGGCAGUCCGGCGGCCAGGCGGCGGGACCCCAGCCUGCCCUACCUGGAGCAGUACAGGAUCGACGCCGGCCAGUUCCGGGAGCUCUUUGCCCGCCUGGCGCCCUGGCCCUGCGGCACCCACACGGCUGUGCUGGCUGGGCGCAUGUUCCGGCUGCUGGACAAGAACCAGGACGCACUGAUCAACUUCAAGGAGUUCGUGACUGGCAUGAGUGGGCUGUACCACGGGGACCUGACAGACAAGCUCAAGGUGCUGUACAAGCUGCACCUGCCCCCAGCACUGAGCCCCGAGGACGCCGAGUCAGCCCUGGAGGCCGCCCACUACUUCCCGGAGGGCAGCUCCUCGGAAGCCUCUCCUCUGGCCUCAGAUCCGGAUCUGUCCCUACCCUGGGAGGCUCAAGAGCCACUUCCACAGGAAGAGCCAGCAGGAAGUGGGAAUGAGGAAGUCGGAGAGAAGCGAGGAGGUGCUGGCUGUUCUGGUGUCGCUGAGAGGUCCCCGGCUCAGGGGUCUGGGCAGCCCUCGCUUGCCCUCAGCCCAGGCGGGACUAACCUUGUCUCCCCACCGGCAGAGGGGAAGGCAACCAGCCCUCCGGACUACCGGCACUACCUCCGCGUGUGGGCCAAGGAGAAGGAGGCCGAGAAGGAGACCAUCAAGGACCUUCCCAAGAUGAACCAGGAGCAGUUCAUCGAGCUGUGUAAGACGUUGUACAACAUGUUCAGCGAGGACCCCGCCGAGCAGGUGCUGUACCACGCCAUCGCCACCGUGGCCAGCCUCCUGCUCCGCAUCGGCGAGGUGGGGAAGAGAUUCUCAGUGCGGACAGGCCGGAAGCCGAGGGACGGUGCCCACAGCGGGGACCACAGCAGUGCCACUGAGGAGGAGCUGCCCACGCCUGAAACCCAUCAGGACCCAGCAGGGGAACUUCAGCCGCCAGCCACAGAGGACCCCCAGGCCAGAGCUGGCGGAGACACCCACCUUGGGAAAGUGCCCCAGGAAAGCCAGGUGGUGGCCGAGGGGGGCAGCGGCGAGGGCCAGGGGUCACCCCCUCAGCUUCUGUCUGAUGACGAGACCAAAGACGACAUGUCCAUGUCCUCGUACUCGGUGGUCAGCACGGGCUCCCUGCAGUGCGAGGACCUGGCGGACGACACAGUGCUGGUGGGCGGGGAGGCCCCCAGCCCCGCGGCCCCCGCACGUCCAGGGGGCUCUGUGGACGCCGACUGGUGCAUCUCCUUCGAGCAGAUCCUGGCCUCCAUCCUGACAGAAUCGGUGCUGGUGAGCUUCUUUGAAAAGCGGGUGGACAUCGGACGCAAGAUCAAGGACCAGAAGAAGGUGGAGAGGCAGUUCAGCACCUCCAGUGACCACGAGCAGGCCGGGGUCUCGGGGUGACCUUCAGAACAGAGCCACUCUGGGCAGGCCGGUCUCCUCCUCCCUCUCGUGCUCCUGAAGACAAGCUCGCCGCUCCCCCCCCCCUCCCAGCAGCAGGAGCCCUGAGGGGACAGAAGGCCGAUGCGGACACAGUUGCCUUAGAAGACGCCCUGGCCUGUCUCCUGGCGCCAGCUGCUCCCAGGCAGGGAAGAGCUCACCUCCUCUUCCCUGCAGGGGACCCCAGUGCCCCUGCGCAGUGCCAGAGGCCCAGAUCGCCCCUGAUUGGCUCUGGCCUCCACACCCCAGCCGUAGCCGGGCCACACAGGGUGCCUGCUGCCCAGGACGCCCUCCCAUGGCUGUGGCCACUCAGCCCUAGGCAGUGAACACCUUCGAGGUGCUCCCGGGAGCCGUUGGCCUGAGCCUCCUGGCUGGGCAACAGGGGCAGAAGACGCCGGUGCCCAUGGUGGGCACUGCAGGAGCCACGCCACGUGCCAUCCGCUCACCUCGCCACCCUCAGCACAGCCCUCAGGGUGGUGUCGCCUGGCUCUCGGUCGGCUGGAAACUGCGCUGCUUGAUGCCUUAAUAAAUGCCCACGCUGGACAGCA